AUGUCGCUCGCGCGAGGCGGCGUCGUCGUCCUCGCCGGCGCGAGCUCGAGGAAGAAGCGCUCCAAGAAGAGCAAACGUCCGCCGGGAUCGCCCGCGACGGACUUAAAACCCGCGACGGUGCUGGGCGUCGAGGAAGACCACCGGUUCGAGCAGUUCUUCUACGACGACGCGACGACGGAGCGCCUGUUCAAGAUCGCGACGAGGUAUCAGCGCCCCGCGUUCUUGUGCACGCCGUCGCUCGCGGCGAGAGCGGAGCGCGCGAAUCUGGAUUACCUGUUGCUCGACCGCGACGCGCGGUGGAAGAGCCGACUCGGCGCGAACAAGUUCAAACAGUUCGAGCUCACGGAGCCGCGGCAGCUGCGGUUCCCGUACGACGUCGUGUUCUGCGACCCGCCGUUCAGCAACGUGGAGAUGCGGUCGCUGCGGCGGACGGUCGAUCUUCUGGCGGCGACGGACGCGCAGAGGGCGUCGCCGGUGUGGCUGUGUUUCGUGCGCGACCGCGAGGACGAACUCUUGGACGCGUUCGAGGGGUACGACCUGGAGAGGAAGCCGCCGGCGUUGGGGUACAUGAGCGUGAAGGAGGAGACGCAGGAGCGGAUAUUCUUGUACGGGCCGAAAGGGCAGCCGGGACGGUGA